UUCCUAAUGCCCUGGUACAUCGAAUCCAUCUACGGCCUCUUCUACUUGCUGAUGGUUCUGGUGGCCGCCGGUGGCAACUUCAUCGUCAUCUGGAUCGUGGUCGGCCACAAACGCAUGCGGACCGUCACCAACUACUUCCUGGUCAACCUGGCCAUCUCAGACGCUCUCAUCACCAUCUUCAACACCAUGUUCAACUUCAUCUAUAUGGCCCGCAGCCACUGGCCGUUUGGAAGCUACUACUGCAAGUUCACGCACUUCAUCGUCCCAUGCACCAUCUCCUCCAGUGUCUUCACCUUCAUCGCCAUUGCUUUCGACAGAUACUUCAUUAUACUGCACCCGAUGAAGCCUCGCUUGAGCGCUCGCACAGUCCUGGCUGUCAUCUUUGGCAUCUGGUUGGCCUCCUUCGCCAUCGCAUUCCCGAACCUCAUCUACGCUCAAAUAUUCCCAUUCCGGUGUGAAAAUGACAGGACCGUCUGCUAUCUGCACUGGGACGACGACGACCUCAUUAACGACGACACGGAUUUCAGAUACAACAUGGUCUUGUUUGUGGUCACCUACAUCCUACCUCUUCUCAUCCUCUGUCUGACGUACAUGAGGGUGGCCGUGGAACUCUGGAGUGGUCAGCCCGUUGGGGAGUGGACAGAAAAAUUGGCUGACUCCAUGAGGAUGAAGAAAAGAGUGGUGAAGAUGAUGGUGGCAGUCGUCUGCAUAUUCGGCUUGUGUUGGCUGCCACAGAACGUCUUCCUCAUCAUCAAUGCCAAGCGCAAACAAAUGGAUCGCAAGCCGCACGAGAUCCACAUCUACCUCAUCAUCUACUGGAUCGCCAUGAGCAACUCCAUGUACAACCCCAUCAUCUAUUGCUGGAUGAACGCCAAAUUUCGAAAUGGAUUCCAGCGAGCCUUGCGAUGGCUGCCGUGCGUG